CGUGUCUGCUACUUCAGCCAGUUGUGACCGCGUUGCAUUUUUUCUCUGCUAAAAAGUUUCCAAACAAACGUUUCGAUAAUGGCUGACAAUGAUGAUCUUUUGGAUUACGAGGACGAGGACCAGACCGAGCAGGUUACCACCGAGCCGGCCGAACAGCCAAAGAAGGAUGUAAAGGGAACGUACGUUUCCAUUCACAGUUCCGGUUUUCGGGAUUUCCUCCUGAAGCCGGAAAUCCUGCGCGCCAUCGUCGAUUGCGGUUUCGAGCAUCCGUCUGAAGUACAACACGAAUGUAUUCCACAGGCGGUGCUCGGAAUGGACAUCCUGUGCCAGGCCAAAUCUGGCAUGGGAAAGACGGCGGUGUUCGUGUUGGCCACGCUGCAGCAAUUGGAGCCAACGGAAAACGUUCCGUACGUGCUGGUAAUGUGCCACACCCGUGAGUUGGCUUUCCAGAUCAGCAAGGAGUACGAACGGUUCUCGAAGUAUAUGCCCAGCAUUAAGGUGGCCGUCUUCUUCGGCGGUUUGCCAAUCCAAAAGGACGAAGAGGUUCUGAAAUCGAGUAACCCGCACAUUAUCGUUGGAACGCCGGGACGUGUUCUGGCCCUUAUCCGGAACAAAAAGUUAAAUCUGAAGCACCUCAAGCACUUCAUUCUCGACGAGUGCGACAAAAUGCUUGAACAAUUAGACAUGCGUCGAGAUGUGCAGGAAAUCUUCCGCAACACACCGCACGGCAAACAAGUGAUGAUGUUCUCCGCCACCCUUAGCAAGGAGAUCCGGCCAGUGUGCAAGAAGUUCAUGCAAGAUCCUAUGGAAGUUUACGUUGAUGAUGAAACCAAGUUGACUCUCCACGGUCUGCAGCAGCACUACGUCAAGUUGAAGGAAAAUGAGAAAAACAAAAAGCUCUUCGAAUUGCUCGAUGUUCUCGAAUUCAAUCAGGUCGUCAUCUUUGUGAAGUCCGUCCAGCGUUGUAUGGCCCUGGCGCAGCUAUUGACGGAGCAGAAUUUCCCCGCCAUCGGCAUCCACCGUGGAAUGGUUCAGGAGGAGCGAUUGUCUCGCUAUCAACAGUUCAAGGAUUUCCAGAAGCGUAUCCUAGUGGCAACCAACCUAUUCGGACGAGGCAUGGAUAUCGAACGUGUUAACAUCGUGUUCAACUACGACAUGCCAGAAGAUUCGGAUACCUACCUGCAUCGAGUGGCUCGUGCUGGCCGUUUCGGUACCAAGGGAUUGGCCAUCACGUUCGUUUCAGACGAAACCGAUGCCAAGAUUUUGAACGAAGUCCAGGACCGGUUCGAUGUCAACAUCACCGAACUGCCGGACGAAAUUGAUCUCUCGUCGUACAUUGAAGGGCGAUAAUUUGACUUUCUGAAACGUGCAUCGGAGAGGCACACAGAUGCUUUUUUUUUUAGUUUGUUAUAUCCCCUAUAGUGUAGAAGAUAGAUCGUAAAAUACUCUGAGUCAAGUUUUUAACACGAUCAUGCGUCACCACCAAGAAACAGGAAAAAGGAGAUCUACUGCAGAGUCGUGUAGUAGAACGGCAACAGCGCGCUCUUGGUGCUCGCGAAGCUUCACUAACAUUCGAUUAGUUUAAAAACAAACAAACAGUACGAUAGAAGGAAUCUGCAUUCUACUGCUUUUUCAGUAGGUUUAUAGUUUUUUUUUACUAGAAACAACUAAAUCAAACUUGAUCCCAUAGGUUUAAUUCCGGUAAGCUGGAUAAGUAAUAAAAAAUGAUUUGGUGAAAUUGUACGACUUCAAUUCGAAGA